AGCCGUGGAUAUGCAGGCAGUGGAAGGAAAGAGCGUGGAGAUGCCGUGUAACGUCACGUCAUCCGACCACGACAAGGUCUACAUGGUGUUCUGGUUCAAGGAGGACGCUGGCAUCCCCAUCUACAGCUUCGACGUGCGCGGCAAGCCGCUGAGCCAGGCGCGCCACCUGUCCGCACCGGAGGUGUUCGGCUCGCGCGCCUACUUCCGCACCGUGUCCGAGCCGGCGCAGCUGGUGGUCGAGGACAUCCGGCGCCACGACGAGGGCGUCUACCGCUGCCGCGUCGACUUCCGCAACUCGGCCACGCGCAGCUUCCGCUACAACCUCACCGUCAUAGUUCCCCCGGAGCAGCCGGCCGUCGUGGACACGUGGGGCCGCCAGCUCAACUCCACUGUGGGUCCGCACGAGGAGGGCGACGACGUCACCUUGACCUGCCGCGUCAUCGGCGGCAAGCCGGAGCCGCUGGUGCGCUGGCUGGUGAACGGCGUGCUGUUCGACGACGUGUACGAGCAGAACGCCGGCGACGUGAUCGAGAACCGGCUGACGCUGCAGUCGGUGGGGCGCAAGGACCUCAACUCGGUGCUGAGUUGCCAGGCCGUCAACACGGUGCUCGUCGAGCCCAAGGAGACGUCCCUCGUGCUGGACCUGCUGCUGAAGCCGCUGACGGUGCGCAUCCUGUCCAAGCAGUCGCCGCUGGUGGCGGACCGCCGCUACGAGGUGGCCUGCGAGUCCGCGGGGUCGCGCCCGCCCGCCGUCAUCACGUGGUACAAGGGCAAGCGCCAGCUCAAGAGGGUCAAGGAGGAGACGCGGGAAAACGCCACCGUCAGCGAGCUGAACUUCGUGCCGAUGACGGAGGACGACGGCAAGUCCGUCACGUGCCGCGCCGAGAACCCCAACAUCACGCACGGCUUCCUCGAGGCCAGCUGGAAGAUAGACGUGGUUUACCCACCUAUAGUGUCACUCCGCCUAGGCGACACGCUCAACCCCAAUGACAUUAAGGAAGGCGAUGACGUCUACUUUGAGUGUCACGUGAAAGCCAAUCCACCCUGGAGGAAGUUAAGCUGGAUGCAUAAUGGGCUGUCGCUGAGCCACAACAUGUCGGCGCGCGUGAUCCGCUCCAACCAGAGCCUGGUGCUGCAGAAGGUGACCCGCCAGAGCGCCGGCAAGUACGUGUGCGUGGCCAUCAACGAGGAGGGCGAGACCGUCAGCAACGAGCUGUCCUUCCGCGUCAAAUACGCGCCGACGUGUCGCCAGGAGAAGAUCCUGGUGGUGGGCGCGUCGCGCUCCGAGAGCCUGGACAUCGCCUGCGAGGUGGACACGGACCCGCCGGCGCACAGCUUCCGCUGGAAGUUCAACAACUCGGGCGAGACCAUCGACGUGUCGCCCGACCGCUACGCGGCGGCGUCCAACGGCACGGCCAGCCUGCUGCGCUACACGCCCGUGUCGGACCUCGACUACGGCACGCUGUCCUGCUGGGCUGAGAACUCGGUGGGCGCGCAGGUCGCGCCGUGCGUCUUUCAGGUAGUUGCCGCAGGGAAGCCGUUCCCCGUGCGCAACUGCACGCUGUCCAACCACACGAGCAGCUCGGCCGAGGUGAGCUGCCAGCCGGGCUUCGACGGCGGGCUGCCGCAGUACUUCCUGCUCGAGCUGUACUCGAGCGAGUCGGCGGCGCCGCGCUGCAACCUCACCAGCGCCGACGCGCCCAGCUUCUUCCUCGCCAACCUGGAGCCCGACGUCACGUUCCGCAUCGCCGUGUUCGCCGUCAACAGCAAGGGCCGCAGCGCCGGCGUCGUGCUGGAGGAGGUGACCUUCCGCGACGCCGAGAAGCGCACCGCGUCGGACGGUGACCUGGCGCUGUCGCCGGUGGUGGGGGUGGCCGUGGGGGCGGCGCUCACCUUCCUGUCCAUCGCGCUGCUGGUGGCGGCGAAGGUGCGGCGGGCCAGGUCGCGCGCCGCCUCCGCCGCCGACAAGCUGCGAGGCCGCAACGGCACCUCGCUGCCCGCCGCCGGCAAGGCGCCGCCCCCCGCCUCCUCCGCCGCCGGAGCAACCGCCGCCUCAGCCGCCGCCUCCGCCGCCCCCGCGGACGAGAAGGACCCCGACAUCAUCCCCGCCAAGUUCGCGGAGCCCGGUCCGGCGAGACCCCUGGUGGUAGGCAACGGCAACGUGAUCCUGAGGGAGGUGUCGCCCCCGGGGUACCCCGACCCGCCGCCGGCGCCGCGCCCGCUGGCCUGGGUCGCCGCCUCCGCGCCGCCCCCCGUCGGCGAUCCCGCGGGCCAUCAGUACGCGUCGCCAGCUAUGCCCUACGCGUGGGAUCACCGGCCCAAGGAUCUCCGGCUGGCGACCACCAACACUGCGGCGCUCGUCGACCAGACGGCCGCAGUGCUGCCGACCGCGCCCGCGGCGGCGGCUGCAGCUGCGGCGGCGGCAGCUGCAGCUGCGGCGGCGGCGGCCGAGUUCGAGCUGAACGGCACGGCCAUCAAGGAGCGGCUGAUGGCGAACAGACUGCCCGAGAGCUGCGUAUGAUGCGAGUGCGGGCCGCCAGCCAAGAUGUACUACGUGUGAGAGCGCCGCCAUCUUGUGGUUCGUUUCUCCCUCUACCCCCUCCCCUAUUCUUCCCGCUAGACCUCUCACAAACGCGCGGGAAGCGAGGCGCGCCCGAGUGCAGCCAACUGUGCGGGAACGAAAACAGACAGCAAGGCGGGAUUGUUUAUCGGAGGUAUGUGAACCCGAAAUGGGGGGAAAAAGCUUUUGUCAACAGGCGCGGAGUCGAUGUUCCGCGACUUCGUUCAGACAGCUGGAAAGUGACGAUUGUAUUUCUCGUGCUUAUACGGUCAACAUAAAAAAAAAAUAACAUGUCAAAACACUUUUUCCGCUGCUUUUUUGAUCAGGAAUCACGUGACGCUUUCGUUCAGACGAAAUUUGAAAUUUGUCAAGAAAGCUACGCACGCGUCAACCAGAACCUAAAGUCCUACAGUCUAUUAAACUCGCUCAUUUUUAGUUCACAGAUAAUAAACUUAAAUAUUUUGACGCGCUAUAAUAGCCAAAAAAAAACUUAAUUGGCCUACUUUCAGAAAGCAGAAGACAUUAUCUUGCCACUGGCGAUGAUAAGAGACGCUAAUCAUAAUGUGGGAGACCAUAAACUGUGUGUAACGGUGUGAUAUUUUUGUAUUUGUUAAGUAGUAAAAGUAUCUUUUCGGGAAGAAAAUAAGAAAUUGAACCGACGCAAACAGUAGCUAAUGAAGUUUUUGCUUCCAUAAAUAUCAAACAUUCAGAUUGUCAUAUCUCAUAGAACUAUCUUUGUGCAGUAAAAUCUGUUAAAUCAUUUUGAGAUCAGUGGAAGUUUCGAAAUAUCAAUUCUGUACAUAUCUAUCACCAAGAAUAUACAAACUAUCCAUUUCUACUCGUUUUGGUAAAUUAAUUUAGCACAACAUAUUACUUCUGAACGAAUGACUGAAAUUAUGUAUUGGGUGACCUACUUAAUGAAGGUAACUGGAUUAAAGUGUAGGGGCUUUUAAAAUGUGAAAAUUUUAAGUUUUCUGCAGAAGGAAAAAAAAAUCAGGGUGUAUGAAUACAGACCAUAAUUUCUGUACAGUAUUUUGAAAAUUUCUACAAGGAACAGAAUAUAGUGAGAGCUGUUAUAGAUACUUCGUAUGUGGUCAUGCUUAGACUUUUAUAAUAUUUUGGGUGGAUAGUGAAAACUGUGUGUAACUGUUAUUUCAGUGUCAAUUUUUGUGCUAAAUUCAUGUGGAUAUUCCCAGACAUUUGUGUUCGUAAGUGCUUGGGGUGUGAAACCCUUUGGGUUUAUUUAUAUAUAGUAUUAUUCCUCCACAAAUGCAAAAUUUGCUGUAAAGCAUGAUAACCACUUAAUUCUUUAAAGUCUUCCUUUUGAAAUCAACCUUCAUCAACAUAUUGUAAAUAAAACAUUAAGAUGCUUUUCUCGAAAUACAGCAUGUGUUAUAAGAAAUGUUUUGUAUUGUGUAAAAGGAUAUUGGAUCGUGUGCUGAAUAGUUUCCGAAAUAUAUUUGUGUAAUUAAAAAGUGAAAUUGAGUACAGCUGUAAAAGUGGCCCGAGUCUAAAAAUUUUUGUGUUGCUCAAGAAAUUAAUGGCUCAAACUGAUGACUUACGAGGGAAUUGAGCUGUACGUCAAAAACUCCCUUUAAGAGGUGAAACUUGGAACUGUACACUAACAUUUAAUUUGCGUCCAGUCAAAGUGUGAUAACCAUAUGUAUCUGAGGUGGGCACUUGACAUGAAAGAAACUUAUAUGUUGUAUUAAGUUUUGUUUGUAUGUGAAAAGUGUUAAAAUGUUGUGGAAGACUAA